UUUCCUUAAAGGAGAUAUGUUUAUUCUCCAUAAUGAAUUGGAAGAUGGCUGGAUGUGGGUUACAAACCUACGAACAGAUGAACAAGGUCUUAUUGUAGAAGACCUGGUAGAAGAAGUGGGAAGAGAAGAAGAUCCACAUGAAGGCAAAAUAUGGUUCCAUGGGAAGAUCUCCAAACAAGAGGCUUACAAUUUGCUGAUGACAGUUGGUCAGGUGUGCAGUUUUCUUGUGAGGCCUUCAGAUAACACACCUGGUGAUUAUUCACUUUAUUUUCGGACCAGUGAAAAUAUUCAACGUUUUAAAAUAUGUCCAACAUCAAGCAAUCAGUUUAUGAUGGGAGGCAGAUAUUAUAAUAG